UUUUUUUUUUCUUGCGCGCUCGCCUCGCGUUGCGUGCGUCCCCUCGACGCACACCGUGAACCCCCGCCUCCCCCUUGCGUAUUGAAUGAUGGCGGCUGCGCGGAUCUGAGAUUUAAACAUUAUUUCUCCCAAGAAGAGGGACUGGAAAUAUAUACAAUAAACUGACGAAAAAUAAACACGGGACCCGAGUCUUGUUUGCCCGAGCUGGUGCGUCAGACUCCCCUCCAAUUACCGAGCUGCUGGAGCCGUCGCUAACAACACGGCAGAGGGAGGCGUCAGAGAGACUCGCUGCCCGAGUCUUGGGAGAGGGUUCCCCGGGUCCGGGAGUAAGCAGAGGCCGGGAGAGUGGCUUUGAAGGACGGAGGAGACAGGGCUGGGGAGUCGGGGGAGGGAGACCGAGCCCCUGGACUGUAUUAUCCUGGACUUGUCGGCUGGGUGGUUCUGUUUGUGCCCGCGGGAACUCACAGAGGAGGUCAGGGGAUAACUUGCGUUUAGUCAUGCAUUGAGGAUCUUCUACGUGCUAGCCCGAAGGAAGGCAAGAGAGAGAGACCUCAAAAACAUAUUUUAGCGUGGCACCGUGCAAUAAGGACCCGGGACGUGAACAGACUUACUCCGGGGGCAGGGAGUAUUAAACGCGCGUCGCUGCGCAGAUUCGCCCUCUGACAGUGUAGAUCGCUGCUGCUAUAUCACAGAGACCCCCAUCACUCUAUGUUAUAAUUAUAUCUGUAUAUGUUAAAACACAGUCGGGGUGUUGCAUUAAUACAAGACAAGGCAAGCUAUAUCGGGGGCCUUGACUGUACGUGGACAACGGGGAUCGCUGGUGUAAAAACAUGACGAGAAGCACAGAGGCGGUGUGAGCCAGUUGUGAACGUCGUUUAAUCAGGGUUGAACAUUUUUUAUAAAAAACAGCUCGGGGCUUUUAAAUUAAUUUUAGCGUUGAAAUGCAAAGAGACGUGUGAUGCAGAGAGCCCUGACAAUUUAAGAAUCCUGAAACGAAAGCCACACCAUAACACACGUGUGUGUGUGUGUGUGUGUGUGUAUAUGUGUAUAUAAAUACAUCUGAAAUAACACUACAUAUUAUUGCAAUGUGAGCACUUUGUUGUCGUUGGGAAUGUGAAACCAUACUUGGACACUGAGAAUUAUGAGACCUCUAUAGAUUGAAGUCUUGGCUAAGGUACACAGUCAUUUUUGUAAGUGCUUCGAGAGUGGAUUCGGACCUCAGAUCCUUAUAAUGUGAAAGGCUGGCAGGCUUUUUAAAAUGCUAGGCUAGGACCGGAGCUUAAGGUAGCAAUCAAGGGUUAAUAGCCAAAGCUGUUUGAAAAAGCUUAACCCCAUGCACUGGUAACCUGGGAAGGCGAAUGUGUGGCGCGUUUCUGUCUUUGUAUUGCAGAUGUUUAAACUUUUCGUUGUUUCAUUUUUAGGACAGUGGGAAACGUUUAAGUGACUCUGUGGUACAGUAGUCGGUUAAAAAAGAAAGUAAUAUUUCAUGCUUCCCUUUUAGCCCAAAUCAAAUAGUUAUUCUCAGUUCGCUAGGCAGUGGAGGAGGAAGUUUGUCAGUAUUUUAUGUUGUCCUCAAAACAGACUUGUAUUUAAUGUCAGAUCGGAUCAGAGGGAGGGGGUUUACCUGUCCACACAGCUCUGCCACAUUUGAGUGCAGGUCAGGUUUAUUUUUCUAGUUGCUGGUUUGAUUUUAAUACCUGGUCUCUUCAAUUUGAAACAAAUGAAUGGAACUGAGUUUGCGCAUUCUGCAGCAUAAGCUGCCAGUUGAUUAGACACACACACACACACACACACACACACACACACACACACACACACACACACAGCCACAUUACCUUCACUACAGCAUAUCAGCCCUUUGGAGCACAGCAGCCCACCAGCAAUAAGGAGGCACACGUGCUCCACUGUUUUAUAUUAAGACAUGCAGCGCUAGCACAUUAAACGCAUUGCAUCAUCUUGUUUAUCUUCAUUGUGUGCCUUAAAGGUUUUUAAAUUUUUUUUUUGAGAAACCUGUCAAACUGGAUGUUUCAUGGCAAUGUCAGUUCCCCUUUUAGCACACUGCAGAGGCCUUAACACUGUAGACAACUGAAGACAGGUCGUGCAAGUUCAGUAGUGUCACCAGUGAAUGUUUAAUAAGGAGAGAACUGAAAAAUAAAAGAGCAGGCAGGUCUUGGAAGAUUUCAGCCUCUCAGAGUUUUUUUUUUUUUGAUAUAUGGACUACUGCACAUGGAAAUCAGAAACCAGGUAUGCUGUUGCUGUCUUGAGGUGUUCUUCUGAAGCUUUCUUCUCAGACACGCUCGCUGCCUUCUUUCCCUGGCGGGCCCCGAAUUGCUGGAGGUGAUUGUGGCUCUUAGCGUUGGCUAGGCAUCUUUCCUUUAUGGGUCAGCAGCCAGGGAAAGUACUCGGGGACCAGAGGAGACCAAGCCUGCCGGCUCUGCCCUUUAUCAAGGGGGUGAAGAGGGAGUCGUCCAGGCAUGGAGCCCAGCACUGCAACGUCUUUGUGGAGCACGAAGCUCUCCAGCGACCAGAUUUCGAGCCCCAGGGUUUGACCGAAGCGGCUCGUUGGAACUCCAAAGAGAAUUUGCUAGCGGGACCCAGUGAAAAUGACCCCAACCUCUUUGUUGCACUGUAUGACUUCGUAGCUAGUGGGGAUAACACUCUCAGCAUAACCAAAGGUGAAAAGCUUCGUGUUCUGGGUUACAACCACAAUGGGGAGUGGUGCGAGGCACAGACAAAGAACGGGCAGGGCUGGGUUCCCAGCAACUACAUCACUCCCGUCAACAGCCUGGAGAAACACUCCUGGUACCACGGGCCCGUCUCCCGCAACGCGGCCGAGUACCUGCUCAGCAGUGGCAUCAACGGCAGCUUCCUGGUGCGGGAGAGCGAGAGCAGCCCGGGGCAGAGGUCCAUCUCGCUGCGCUACGAGGGCCGGGUUUACCACUACCGCAUCAACACUGCCUCCGACAGCAAGCUGUACGUGUCUUCAGAGAGCCGCUUCAACGCGCUGGCAGAGCUGGUGCACCACCACUCCACGGUGGCCGACGGGCUGAUCACCACCCUGCACUACCCGGCGCCCAAGCGCAACAAGCCCACCGUCUACGGGGUCUCCCCCAACUACGACAAGUGGGAGAUGGAGCGCACGGACAUCACCAUGAAGCACAAGCUGGGGGGCGGGCAGUACGGGGAGGUGUACGAGGGCGUCUGGAAGAAGUACAACCUCACAGUGGCUGUCAAGACCCUCAAGGAGGACACAAUGGAAGUGGAGGAGUUCUUGAAAGAAGCUGCUGUCAUGAAGGAGAUAAAGCACCCCAAUCUGGUGCAGCUGCUGGGCGUUUGUACACGGGAGCCUCCCUUCUACAUUAUCACAGAGUUCAUGACCCACGGGAACCUGCUGGAUUACCUGCGGGAGUGUAACCGCGAGGAGGUCAACGCGGUGGUGCUGCUCCACAUGGCCACGCAGAUCUCCUCCGCCAUGGAGGACCUGGAGAAGAAGAACUUCAUUCACAGGGACCUUGCUGCCAGGAACUGCCUCGUAGGGGAAAACCACCUGGUGAAGGUUGCAGACUUCGGGCUGAGCCGGCUUAUGACGGGGGACACCUACACCGCGCACGCAGGAGCCAAGUUUCCCAUCAAGUGGACCGCUCCAGAGAGCCUGGCCUACAACAAGUUCUCCAUUAAAUCAGACGUGUGGGCUUUUGGAGUCCUGCUUUGGGAGAUCGCCACCUACGGCAUGUCCCCCUACCCAGGCAUCGACCUGUCUCAGGUCUACGAGCUCCUGGAGAAGGAUUACCGCAUGGACCGGCCGGAGGGCUGCCCAGAGAAGGUCUACGAACUCAUGCGGGGAUGUUGGCGGUGGAACCCUGCAGAGCGUCCGUCUUUCGCCGAAAUCCACCAGGAUUUUGAAACGAUGUUUCAGGAAUCCAGCAUUUCCGACGAGGUGGAGAAGGAGCUGGGAAAGAAGGGUACAAAAGUGCAUGUCAGUUCCCUGCUGCAAGCCCCCGUUCUACCCACCAAAACCAGGACGAUGCGUAGGAACAUGGACAAGGAUGGCGACAGCCCAGAUGCUGCGGAGCCCGAGGUGGCGGUGUCUCCAAUGCUCCCCAGGAAGGAGAGGCCUUUCCUGGACAGCAAUCUGAACGAGGAUGACCGGCUGCUGCCCAGGGACAAGAAGACCAGCCUGUUCAGCGCCCUGAUCAAGAAGAAAAAGAAGACGGCCCCGGCACCUCCCAAGCGCAGUAGCUCCUUCCGCGAGAUGGACGGGCACACGGAGAGGCGAGGGGGGCUGGAGGCCGGGGAUGAAUUCAACAAUGGGACCUUUUUCAACGACACCCUGGCAGGCGUCGACCCCGGAAAGUUCCACAGCGUCGCCGCCGCCAACAACAACGGGGCCAGCAUCCCGAACGGCGUGGUGGCCGUGCCAGGACCCGCAGGGCUCUUCUUCACUCCCCGCACUCGGAAGAAAUCCAGCGCGGGGGGCAGAGCCGCCCCCACCCCGAGCGAGGAGGACCCCGUUUCAAACUCCAAGCGAUUUCUGCGCUCCUGCUCCGCCUCCGCCAUGCCUCCCAGCUCCGACAAAAGCGAGUGGAGGUCCGUCACCCUCCCCCGGGACCUGCAGUCCUCGGCUCGGCACUUCGACUCCGGCACGCUCGGAGGCAGGAACAACAAGCCCGCCCUGCCCCGCAAGAGAGCCACAGAGUAUAAAGCGGAGCCCGUCCCCUGCGGAGGCACCCUCACCCCGCCCCCGCGGCUGCCUAAAAAGACAGAGGAGCCGGGGGACGAGGUUUUAAAGGACACAGAAUCCAGUCCCGGCUCCAGCCCCCCUAACCUGACGCCCAAACUCAUCCGCAGGCACGCCGAGGGAACCAAGACCAGCACCUUGCAGGCGGAGCUGAUGCUCAAACCCAAUGCCUUUUCGGGUCUCGGCUUGUCCGAGGACUCCAGGAUGAGGAGGGUCAAACAGCCCCCCGAUCACCCGGCCCCGAAGGACAAGGGGAAGCUGCAGAAACCGAAACCCGCACUCCCUCCCCCUCCGCCUUCCUCCUCCUCCUCCAAGUCAGGAAAGCUGUCCCGGAGCCCGCCCCAGGACGCGCCCCUUCUUCCUCCAGCGGAGGCCAAAGGCAAAGCUAUGUCUCAGGCCACGGAUUCUAACCCUGAAUCCGGGAAAGCCCUGCAGCCCCCCGAGAGCGGCAAGAAGCUGAUGCUCCCCAUCGCUUCCAAGCAAGGCAAGUCUUCGACCGCAGGGGGGUCCGUUUCCAACCAGCAGCAGCAGCCAUCACCAGGCUCCGGCAGUGAACAGCCGUCCCCUACAGCCUUCAUCCCACUCAUCUGCACCCGCGUCUCCCUGCGGAAAACCCGACAGCCCCCCGAGAAGCUCUCCAGCUCGGCCAUCACCCGGGACACAGUCCUGGAGGGGACGGAGCAGCUGCGGGCCGCCAUCGGCCGCAACUCAGAGCAGACAGGCAGCCACGGGGCGGUGCUGGAGGCCGGCAAGAACCUUUUUAGCUACUGCGUCGGCUACGUGGACUCCAUCCAGCAGAUGAGGAACAAGUUUUCCUUCCGGGAGGCCAUCAACAAGCUGGAGGUCAGCCUGAGGGAGCUGCAGAUCUGCCCUGCCAGCUCGGGGGGCCCUUCCUCGGCACAGGACUUCUCCAAACUGCUCUCAUCCGUCAAGGAAAUCAGCGACAUCGUCCAGAGGUAGCGAAGGAACGAUUUUGUUUAAAAAAAUAAAACAUCUUUAAAAAAUAUUAUAAUAGUAGUAGUAGUAGUAGUAGUAGUAGUAGUAGUAGUAAUAACAAAAAGAAAAGAAAAACGCAUCAGAAUGCGGUAUCUGGUGCAGGAAUGAGGCUCGCGAUUUGGACCGACUGAGCUCUGGAGAUGGAAAACAAGGGGAGGUUCUGUGCACAGAAACAGGCACCUGCUUCUUCAUUUGUUUCAGUUUGUCUUGUUAAUUUUAUUACAGAAGGUGUAAUAUUACUUGCUCAGCCAUUUCAGUGAAUAGCUUGGGCCCGGCUGAGCAUCACUUGAAAUGUCCUGAGAACUGCACCACAGCUCUGUUGUGUGUCGCGGUUUUUUUUUUAUUCCAUUUGCAAGGAGAGUUGCAGAAUGCGAGAUUUGCUGCUGGUUUGCAAGCGGUCUGCCUUCAAACCAGCAAAACAGAAGCCCUACAAGAAUCAGUUUCUCUGUGAUUUUGCUAUUGUUGCCUUUCUUUUGCCUCGUGUAUGUCUCUCUCUGGUAGCUUUCCUUCUGCGCUGUGGGGUGGAAACAAUACCCUUUUUCUUGGACAGCGAUUUGAAGAGAGGGAGGUUGAACAGUGCUGCUUCUGGGAGGGUGGGGGAAAAGUAACCAGAAGAUGGUCUUUAGUUUCUGUGCACAUUCCUCCCCAGUGCCUUAAAACGCCUCCAACAGAACCGCAAAUGAUGGACAUAGCCAUCCACUAUACUGAGUGACUGUAAAGCUAUCAUCUACUAUAAUGAGAACACACUACUGUCCCCUGCACAUUGGAGAAGAACUGAGGACUGAUGUAUUUUUGUGAACACUACACUGGCCUGGUCUGUCGGAUCAAUGCUGGAGUCACUGUGCACUGGGGGCGACUGUUGAGAGGAACUGUAUAUUUACUAAACCAAUGUCAGACUUUUGCAUUCAGAGGUUCUCUUCCCAGGACUGUCCCUUUUUUUAACUUUGUAAUUAUUUUUCAGUAUUCAUAAUCUUUGCAUCACCUCUGCCCUCACUGACGGCCGUAACUUCGGAACACAAGCUACCGCAAGCUGCCUUUUUUUUUUUUUUUUUUAAAUCAUGGUACUGUGUUUUUUUAGUUUUUGAUUUAUUUUCUUUCAAUGAAACAUAAUGUGCCACUACCUGUUUCGUUUUGUAUCACGCCAUUACAGUAGACUUUUCUUUUUUUUUUUUUCCUUUGUAAAUAUCUGUGCUGUCCCUCUUGUUUCUGUAAUACCUUUGGUGCUUUUUUGUUGUUCGAUAAAAUACAAAGCGUUUAUGUUACUUGAAAUUCA